AUGAUUACUCUCACAAAAACAGCACAUUCAGUAUCCGUUUUCACCGAACAUUGUCGAAGUAGUGUGACUGACGAAUCAUUUUUAUCCGUCGGUUCAUCUGUCGCUGACGUUUCCGGUGUUAAUCCAGCGCCACCAUCCCCAAGUUUAACUAUGCCCGUAUCUGAUUCUCCUACUAUAAAGAAAAAAUUAUCAGGGUCAUCACUAAAUGGUUCAUAUGAGGAUGAUUCAUAUUCGUCAUUAAUUGAUAUUUCAUCAAUACAUGGAAGAAAGGCUUCUUUGUCUUUAAAUCUUUUCAAACCCUCCUUAGCUGAAUAUAGUAUACCGAUUCCUCCAUUUAACGUCGAAGAUAAUACUCCGAUUGUAUCGCCAAUUUCUUCAAAUUCUUCUCAUCCGGAGACAUCUUCACAAUCAUCAUCGUCAAUUGUAACGGAUUAUUUUAGUUCUGCACACAAAUCAUCAGAUAGAAAGAAUGCUGUUUGUAAACCUCUAGUGCAAAGAGAACACCAAUUUUAUGAGAUUUUAGAGAAAUUGCAUCCAGAUCUUUUACCCUUUGUACCUCGAUAUCUCGGAGUCCUUAAUGUCACUUAUCGAUCUCAGAAUGGUGAAUUAGGAUCAAUGCCCGAAGUAGUUUUCAAACAAAAUAAACAUUUACUACCAGAAUGGAUGCUUAAUAAAGUGAAUUCAUUGGAUGGCGAUGAUGAUCAUUGUUCAGAUAAGGAGAACGAAGAUAAUGGCAUUUCUUCUGGUUUGAGUUCUAAAGGCUUAUACUCGUCAACAACCAAGGUUAACAAACAAUUAAAGGAAGAAGUACUUAGUGAGGUGUUUUCCCCAAAAGCAUUACGAGCUCGUAUGCGUCAAGUAAGAUCUUUAGAGAAAGAAUCCUCUAUGAAGAGGAGACAUUCAAUGAUAAACAUUGCUGCCCUAAAGAAAUCCGAUUCUAACAAUAAUUCGGAAAUGUCGAGGAGUUUAACGGAACUUGGUCAUAUCAACAAGAAUAAUCCGAAAAAAUCUCGUUCUACCUCAUUGAGAGAAAAUUUGUUGUGUAAAAGUUCAAUAGUUUCUCCAAUAUUCGAUGAUCUGGAUGACGUAUCCUCUAUUGAAUCUUCAGAAAAUUGUGGAAUGCACAACUAUUAUAAAGAAUCGACCUCAGUGAGGAAAGAAAAUCAAUCAAUUCCUUGCCAAAAUUUGAAAGUUCAACCUUCUUUGUCUCCAAAGAUAACACCCCAAACACUCUCAGAAUCUCCAACAAUCUUUAAAAUGGAAAUGUUUGAACGUGCAUCAUCACUAGACACUUCUACAAAUCUUCACCGUCGACCCUCAAAAAUGCAAAAAACAAACAAUCCUUGGUCGUUGCAUUGUUAUUCCACUCAACUUUCCAAAUUACAAAAAUCUAAUGAUGAUUUGGAUAAAGUUCAACAAUUCGUCUUACUUGAAGAUCUCACGGCAGGAUUAAAGUAUCCUUGCGUUUUAGACCUCAAAAUGGGUACUCGGCAACAUGGAAUUGAUGCUUCACCAGAGAAACGUAAGAGUCAAAUGAAGAAAUGUGCAAAGACCACAAGUAAAACGUUGGGAGUAAGAAUUUGUGGUAUGCAAGUAUACAAGACUACCACACAUAGCUUUAAAUUCCAGGACAAAUAUUAUGGUCGAUUUCUGAACCCAGAUACUUUUCAUAAUACUUUAAAGGAUUUUAUCCAUAAUGGGAGCAAAUUAUUGGUUCAUCAAAUUCCUGUCAUUCUUCGCAAACUCCGAAAGUUGGCUAAAAUUAUAAAGAAUCUUGAUAACUACCGAUUUUAUGCAAGUAGUUUAUUAUUGCUGUAUGACGCUGAUGAGAAUAAUCCACGUGACAUAGACAUUAGGAUAAUAGAUUUUGCUCACUGUACCACGGGCAAUGAUUAUCUUCCCAGUGAAUGUAGGUAUCCACCAAAUGAAGGUCUUGAUAAGGGAUAUUUACUAGGGUUAAAAAAUUUAUGUAGGUCAUUUGAAAUCAUAUAUAAAGACUGUUGUGGAAUAAUGCCCGAUGUUGGUGAAAAAGAAGAUGAUGUAUUCUCUGACAUUUGUUCUUAUGACACACUGGCGUUGCCUGAAAAGACAUCUCAAAAAAAUCCCGAGUUUUCCGAAUGA